AUGAUCAUAUGGACGCGGCUGAUGAUUAUAUUGGCUGUCAUUUGUACGGUUCUAUGGCUUAUUUCAACUAUAGCCCACAUAUCAAGUCAUAAGGAGGAUCAAAAAGAUGAAAAAGAUCCAACACCAACAAACUUGAACCAAUCAUCAUUUAAAAAUGAAAAUACAACCAAUAAUACCAAUAAGGAAAAUAGUACAAAAUUACCUAGAAAACUAGUUCCACCAAUUGUUUUUCCAAAUCAAAUCAACAAAUUUAUACCAGAUCUACAAAAAAUGAAAAAAUGUUCAACAAACGAAACUUUUCCUUUUUGCAUCAACGUUGAUAAUUAUCCAAAAGAAGAUUUAUCCAAAAUUUUUAGAACCAGCAAAUAUAACUCAACUUCUUAUUUUGAAACAGAUAAUGAAAUACAGACAAGAAUAUUAAAUAGUAAUCUUGAAGAAUUUUGUGAAUCAGAAGAACAAGUAAUAUUUCCGGAAGCAGGUAUUACAAAAUACGGUGAAUGGCGUUAUAUUAUACAAGACCUAAAUAUUGACAACACUAAUUAUAGACAAGGGAUUCGAGUGGAGAAAUGCAAAAAUGCUGGAGCGACGUGCAAAUUUGAUGACAUUUUCCCACUUGGAUACGCAACAAUUUGUGUACAAAAAUAUAUCUAUAAAAAAUUGGUUGCCAUUAAAGAUUCUAAAGAAAUAUAUUAUGAGAGUUUUAAAUUACCAUCCUGUUGUGAGUGCAUGUAUAUUAAAAUUACAGAUAUAUCAUCGAGGUUUAACCAGGGUCUAACGGAAGAUUAA